AUGGUUGAGGCCCCAAAACUGGGAGUGUACAUCGGGAGUGCCAGAGAUGUCACGUGCCCUGGAGACCACGUCACGUACGAGUUUGUCCUUCACAACGCCCAUAGAUGUUCCUUGGAGUGCAUCCCGCAGCUGAACUACUUCGAGGGCGGUCAACCGCCCUGGAGGUGUGAGGGCAACUAUGAGGUGGACGAUGACGAAAUCAUCAUGGAGGUCACGAAGCAAGACGUGAGAGGACCGCGCCGCGACACUGAUGUGAAGUUGGAGGUGUCCGGCCCAAGCCAAGUCCUGUACAGGACCACACGCCUCAGCUGGGUCGGCGCUCCUCCGGCUCUUCCUUCGCAGGACCCUGUGAAGGUUAAGCAGGCACAGCUGCAGAAGGAGGAGGAGGAAGCGGCGAAGCGAAAGACCGAGCUCGAGGCAGCCCGGGAGGAGCUGGACCGAGAACGGUUGCGGCAAGAAGAGCAAGCCAACAGGGAGAAGGUGCAGUUGGAGCAGCUGCGUGCUGAGCUGCGGCAGCAACAGGCCGCCCAGGAGGCAGAGGCAUCGCAGCGAAGAGAAGAGCUGGAGAAGCAGAAGGAGGAGCUGCGGCGCAUGGAGGAGGAGAAGCAGGCCCUGCUGGAAAGGCGCUCCGCAGAGGAGCAGGAGCGCAAGGAGGCUGCGGAGCGCGAGGCGCAGCGUGUCCAGGAGGAGCUGCAGCGACAGCGCGAGGAGUUGAGGGCCCUGGAGGAGGAACGCCAGGAGCUGGCACAACGUGAAGAGAAGGAGCUUCAGCGUCGGAGGGAGGAACGGGAGCAGGAGGCGCAACGACUUACAGCUGAGGCAGACAGGCAGCGUGCAGAGCUGCAGCGGCGCCGUGAGGAGCUGCAAGCAGUGGAGGCCGCCAGGGAAGAGGCCCUUGCGAAGAAGAUUGAGGAGGAGCAACGCUUUUCUGCAGAGCUGCAGAAGUGGGCGGAGCAGCAGCAAGAGGCUUUGCGCCAGCACAGGGAUGAACUUCGUGCUCUGGAGGCUGAAAGGGAGGAGCUCCUGCGCGGAAAGCUGGCAGAGCAGCAAAGACUGCGAGAGGACGAGGAGACUGAGGCCCAGCGAGCAGCUGAGGCCUGUGCGCUCAAAAUCUGCGGACCUUUUGGACCUUUCGCAUUUGAACCUCAGAUGCUUGCAGAAGCUACUCGUCUAAAUUGGGGCAAGUGCGCGCAGUGGCUGCAGGCACGUCGGCAGCGUGCUGAAGAAGCCGCACAGGCGGAAUCGGAGAUCCGUCGUCAGCGUGGGGAACUGAUGCAGAAUCGUGUGGAGUCCGCUUCCGGCUUUUGGAUGGUUUAA